UUUCCCCAACGAUUUUCUGUAUUCGCUUCUCUAUCCUCCAUCUUCCUCAUCGUCUUCAAUCACGGUAAAAUCCAGGCUUUUUCUCUCGGUUUAACCAGAAAAUCGUUGACAAAGUCUAGGGUUUGAGAUUAUCGGAGGUCAGACAUGGGGAAGAAGAGGAAGUCGAUCGCCACAAGCCUUGACGAGGUCGAUCGGACCAUGUACGCCUCGUUUUGCGGCGCCGCCAAUUCCCUGUCUCAGCUCUACACUCAGGCCAUGAACCACCAAAAGCUCUCCUUCCAAGCUGGCGAACGCCAUUCCCUUGAAAAACUUUAUCAAUGGAUCUGUAGACAACAAGAAGGAGGAUCCAGAGUGGCGACAAUUGAUAUACUGAAUUACCUUCAAAAUGAGCUGGACUAUUGCGGAGAGGAGCCAUCGAUGUCCCCUAGAGUGCUUGCUCAAAAUCAGCACACUCAAGCCCCUAUGCAUUCGACAAACUCGGGUUUCCCAGUUUCUUCAGGCUCGUCUGUUCCAACAAAUGCUGGACAGAGAGUCCAUACUGAGCACUGUGAUCAUCAAUCCAAGAAUUCAGUCUUCUCUAAUGCGUUGUCAAGUCCUGUUCGCCGGAGUCUUCAGCACUAUCACAUUUCUCAGGAAAGAGGAUACUAUCCAAACAGCAGUCUGUCCUCGGGAAACGGACCCCGGAACAACGAACCCAACUUUCUUCAGCCCCAAAAUAGGGAUUCGAAUCCCCCUAGUUCCAAUGAUUCGUCAAUGGACAUGCACGCAGAUAGCCCUGCUCAGGAUUCCAACUACUGAAAAAUGCACAGAUUUUGAACGCUGACCUUUGCAAUGUGCAUGUCGAAGGACUCGAAAGAAUUAUUAGAAGGCACGGUUGUGAUGUUUCUUGCAGUUCCGAAUUCCGGUGAUGUCAGAAUGCCAUAGAAGUAAGUGGUAAUGCAGUAUAUAAAUUAUGAAUUUGCUCUGGCUGUUCUUUGCGGUCCUCUAUGUCUUCUGCAAGUAAAGUGCUUUUGUAUGCCUGUGGUUUCCUUUUGGUUUUUGGAUAUGUUUUACUAGGUACUCCUGCGUUUUCUUAGGAACUCUUGUUUAUCGCUGUAAAUCUGUUAUGUUUCACACAUGACAAGUGCUACGGAACUUGGGUAAUAAAAGUACUAUAAUUACUAGUUUA